UGGCUUCAUUUCAGCGGCAGAGUUCCGCUAUUUCAAACGCUUCAUGUUCAUCUGUCAGAGAAAAUUCUGUGAAUGUAUCGAUAGCAGCACUCAGGCAUCUUAUAAUAAACAAUAUUGAAUAUUUUCAGAAGCUUCGAAGCGCUACAGGGGAGCGAUUUUACACCCUGUUUUGUGUGCUUGAACAAGAAACUGAUGCAAUGCGACCGACCGUGGAAGCGCUUGAAAGAAUAGCACACAAUUUCGAUUUUGACCCCAAGGUACCGGGAAAUGGAUACCGCAGUUUAGUGCAAGUUGUAGAUGCCUGUGUUGAUAAACUUCUAAAAGUUGUGGAUAGUAUAUCACGAACUCGUGAAAGUCUCUUAUUUCGAAGCAAUUUCCACAUCAAGGAGUUGGAGUCGUACGGGAAGGUGCUGGGUCAGCUGCGGGUGAUCCUCGGGUACGCUCAGAAGCUGGUCGCCUACUCGGAGGCGGGCAAUUUGUUCCCAAGCAAUAAUGAACAAUUUCCAGAGAAUGUUAUGCUUGAGAUUCAAGCCUUGGAUCGAGAAUGUUUUUAUGGUAGAUGUCUCGGAUUUCAGUUUUGUGAUUCACUAUGGCAGCCUCUCCAAACUGUAGCAGUAGCCCUCGCGUCCUACGCCGAGGGAUACCAGAAAUAUGAGGGACCCUUCUCCAGGGUAGCAUCAUCGUUCUUCCACAGAAUGAGACCACGAAGAUCAAAAAGCGGCAGGUACCUGACGAAUCCCGAAGCCCGGGGGAAGCAGAUCCUUGACAUCACUAACAAAUCGGACAUCAGAUUCUGCAAAGCCUUCUGGUCCAUCACGGAAGGUGACGUCAUUGCGGAGAUGUGUAACCUGAUGGCGGGGUCGGUAGCAGUCAAUAAACUAAUCCAGAUUCAGCCUCAUAACUUUGAGAUGGAACGCAGCGAUGGGGAGGGCGAGACGGCAACAAUUACCCCACCCUGCGCCCAUACGGGACCAGCACCGGUUCAGAUUAGAUUACUAUGCUUUGUGGAGAGAGAAGGACAGGGUUGGUUGAAUGAAGCUGAAGAGAUGGCAUUCCAACAGAUGGGGAAGAACUCCAAGAAAACAAAACAGAAAAUAGAGAAGCCACCCAGUCCAAUGUCAAAGGGUCUUCUAAUUCACAUACAUGGAGGUGGCUUCGUAGCACAUACUUCAAAAUCACACGAGAUUUACCUAAGGUCAUGGGCCAAGGAUUUGGGUGUACCUAUCGUCUCCAUAGACUACUCAUUAGCUCCAGAACAACCCUUCCCUAGAGCUUUUGAAGAGUGCUUCUUUGCCUACGCAUGGGCGGUCAAGAACGCACCCUAUCUAGGAUCCACAGGAGAGCAUAUCUGUCUAGCCGGAGACAGUUCUGGAGGUAACCUUUGUACAGCCGUAGCCAUGAGAGCAGCAUCCUACGGCAUCCAGGUCCCUGACGGAAUCGUCACCAUGUAUACACCUUUUGUUGUUCAUCACUCUCCUUCCCCUUCUAGACUACUGUGCCUUUUUGAUCCGCUCUUGCCGUUUGGAGUCUUGAUGCGAUGUCUCUCCGCCUACGUCGGUCUUAAGGAGGAGUUCAUGUCAGAUGAGAAGGUGUCGUCCGUGGUUGACACUGCCAAUGAUCGCAUCCUCGGUUCUCCUAAGAGGUCUUCCAUCAAGUCAGAAGAAGGUUCACCAGUUGAUGGAGAGAUUGAGAAGAAACUUGAAGAGGAGGAGGAAGAGGAGAAUGGUAACAGUACUAAAGUGACCACACCAACGUCCAAGGAAGGCAUCAAUGGUGAUAUCAUCGUUCCACCACCAGCGGACACUGUCUCUUCGUUCAUGGAGGAAGUCCCUCCAACAGACAUUGAGAAGUUAGAGCAAGUCAGUGAUGCCAUUGACAACGCGACGAUAGGUCAAGGUGAUGGACAAACAGAAACCAACGGUGACCAGUCCAGCACCGAAGCCAUCGCAAUCUUUGACCCGUCUCACCCUCCAAACUCGGAGGAUCUUUCAAUCAGUCUUCCAGUGGACGUUGAUGCCAUCUCCUUGGACUCCAAACCUGAAGCAGACCGCGAGUCAGAGGACACCGUGCCGUUAUCACCAAAGAGCAGAGAAGAUCUUCACCUUGAUUUGAAGCAGGAAGGACUAGCAACGGAUGAAGAAGUCCAGACUCCUACAUCCUUUGUGAAUUCACCCAUCAGGGUUUUCAGGGAUGCACCUAUCAUGAGGAAUCCUUACGUCUCGCCUCUCUUCUCAGAUGAAGAGCUUCUCAAGGGCCUUCCUCCUGUUCAUAUUAUUGGCUGUGCUUUAGACCCAUUAUUGGAUGACUCAAUCAGCUUUGCCAGGAAGCUUCGUGGUAUGGGUAAGCCUGUCUUCUUGGAGAUAGUCGAUCACCUUCCCCAUGGCUUUCUAAACUUCUCAACGGUCGGCAAGGAGUGUAAAGAGGCGUCCAUGGUGUGUGUACGCCACAUUAUGCACGUACUCUAUGGUUUCCAUGACGAUGAGUUUGAAACGCUAGCAGAAUGAGCUGAAUCCAACCCAGCGAUAAACUGUCAUCUAGUCAUUUUAAGAUGUUUAUUCAUGUUGUGUCAAUCUGUCAACUACUGAAAACUCUUUAUGUCCGUAGGCUUGAUAUAUGGGCCACUGGGCUUGAGACUGUUCAAAGUGUGGCGUUAUUAUCAGGUAUAUGUAAAGAAACUGACAAAACCUUGCUUAUGAUAUCCAAAGUGUUGAACUACCAACGUAGAAAUGCUCAAAUGGGGCCAUGUAUUCUAAUCGCAUAUAAAGUGAACAGAGUCACCCAUCUUUCUUUGCUUAUUAUUCAUUGAUUCCUAGAAAUACAAUUAAGUCAUUUAAUGGACUGAUAAGAGAUUUAAACUUAGCUCUAAUUGAUUUAAUUCACAGUGAGCAUAGCUGAGAUUUAAACUUGGCUCUACUUCAUUUAAUUCACAGUGAGCUUAGCUAUGUAAAAUGGACGAAAUUUGCUGUUAUGUAUCCAUUUCAUGUACUAAAUCCCUAUGGAGAUAUCUUAAUGGGCAAAACUCACUGUUGUUUUUCAGUAGGGCUACAAAGCAAGUUGCUCAAUGUGAUCCAUGCCUAUCUUUAAGAGUCUCAGAGAUUUCUACAUUGAUGGGUUAAAUACUUAAAAGUUAGUCAACAUAUCCCAGAGUUUGCCAAGCUUUCCUCCUCAUUUGACAUAAAAAUGCACAUCCGAUAAUGUACGGUUGUUUAACCUUCAAACAUGAAAGUCAAAUAGUGUUAGUAAAAUCAAGGAGGACGUUCACGAACUCUUUAAGAUUGACUGAAAUUGCUGUAACUGUGGGAGGCCAAUGUUUCCUGUCUAUGGAAGGCCAAAGUCUAUUUGCAGGCCAAUGUUUGCUGUCACCAUUUUUCACUUACGGUAUGUGGAUAUCAUAGUCACAAAUCUAGAUAUUUAUAUUUUUUGUAUUUUUCCAAGAGAAUAAAAAGAAAGAGGAUGAAGGAGGAGAGAUAAAAUGGAAGAAGGGGUGAAAAUAGAGGAGAAGAGAAGAGAGAAGAGAAGUUAGAAAACACACAGAAAGAGAGAGAGAAAAAGAAAAACACCGGUUAGCCAAUCAUAACAAUGCUUGCAUUUGGUAUAUGAUGAGUGCAACCAACCAAUGGAAAUGGAGGUUUCAUUAGAGAUUGACUUUGUAUUUUGAUUUUAUAAAAUACUUCCCAUGCUUUUUGGGUUCUCUUCUAUACAGUAUACAAAGAAUUAUGUUGGAAUCUUGUAGUUUGAUAUGUUAGAUGAUUUACCAAGCUAUGGUUACUGAAAAAAGAAUUUGAUGAAGUGAUUGAAUGUCAAUUUAUUUCACAUUAACAGCUGCCUUCAUUAUUAUUUAAUCUCAAAUAAAGAUGAAUAUUUUAUAUAUUUAUGCAUGCAUGGAAAAUAUAUCAGAGUAGUACAAUCUCAUAAAAUGUCAUAAUAUAUUCAUACUUUUACAUGAUAUUUUCUGUAUAAUUUGGUCUGUGAUAUUGAAGGAGUUUAUUAAUUAUAUUUGGUUUUGUAAAUUUCAUUUUCAUUGAUAUUUAAAGAUGCAAUCAUCGUGUGUAUUCUGUUGUAAAUCUCUGGUGAUAAUUUGGAGCACGCUGCAAUCAUGUGUCUUGCAAAUGAUUAAAAUAAUCUCGCAGUCAUGCCGAUGAAAACGAUUCCGGGGUCCCGUAACACAAAGGUUAGCGAUUAAUCGUACGUUUGAUUUUCAUGAU